AUACGCGAAAGUUAGAAGCGAGUUCUUCUCCUCGCUUUUGUGCCUUCCGCGUCCGCCGGCAGCAGGUAACUCGACGUCCCUCUAAUAGCGUUAUCCUCACUUCUCGUGGCUCUUCGUCGAGGAAGUGCAUAGGCCGAUAAAGAAAUUUAAUAUAGCAGGAGUCUUCAGCUGUACAUGAUGAAAUAAGAGAACUCGGCCCUGCAAGUAGUUGGACAUCCGGACACCGAAGUUAAAAUGCGGCAGCCGUGCGCGACGAGCGCGUCCCGAAAGAAACGGUGAAGAGCAACCGGUGCGUCAUGGGCACCGAAGAAACGUGAGGCCCGUCAUCGCAGCGAGAGACGUACAGGGGAGAUGACGUCCCCGGUUUACGACACUCUGGCUGAAGAAACGACGCGAGAGACGGCCACAACAAAGGUGAAGACGAGGGAAGACCGUCACCAACCCUGCCGCGUCAAAGCAACUGGUGGUGGAAGCGCGACAAGCGCCGGGACGCUGUUUGCCGUCGGCUCCCUGCUGCUCGCCGCAGCGCCCUGCUUAUCGUUCGCCGCAGGAUUGGAGUCUCCCGAGGUGCACGUCCUCAUUCCGAGCAACUUGAGGCGAGGCGACACGGCCGAGAUCUUCUGCUCGCUGCGGCGCGGUUCGCUGCCCGUCGCGUUCCAGUGGCUACACAACGGCCGGCCCAUCAGACCGAACAGGGUGGGAGCAGUGGAGCCCUCGGGCCUCGGAUCCAACAGCGCCGAAGCUCUGUGGAAAGUCGACCACCGCGAAAGGCGCUCCGAGCUCCUCAUCGAAAACAUCGGCGCUCGCCAGAUAGGAAACUACACCUGCAUAGCCAGCAAUGCGGCGGGAAAGACAAGUUUCACAGCCAGCCUUCUCGUCGAAGUGCCACCGACUUGGCUGCACAUGCCCAGCGACCGGGCAGCUGUCGUCGGCAGCUCGCUGACCAUCGACUGCGCCGCCCUGGGCCACCCGACGCCCGUGACCAAAUGGACACGAAGCCAAUAUCCUUCAGAAACGGUACUAGGGAACAAAGAUGAUCACAUAAGUGUCCUCACCAACGGAAGUCUGGUCAUUUCAAGCGUCAGAUCGUCUGACUCCGGUCUGUACCGUUGCGACGUCGAGAACGGUGUCGGCACGCUGAUAACCAAGACCAUCAAUCUCACAGUAAGUGUGCCACCGUUAAUACGGAAGCUGCACGAGAUCAUCAAAGUGCGCCUGGGCAACAUCGUGACGCUGCACUGCGGAGCAUCCGGAGAAGAGCCACUACAAAUAGCCUGGGUCAAAGACGACAAAUCUAUCGAGAGGUCUCUCAGAGAACGGUAUGACGUCAUUGACCGUUCUUUCCCGGGAGGCAUCGCUUCUGACCUGCUCAUCCACAAGAGCACGCUAGCCGACACCGGAGAAUUUGCGUGUCACGUCACGAACAGGUUCGGCACAGCCACGGCCAUGCGAUCGCUUUUCGUGCUCGAGCUCCCAUCGCCUCCCAUCGGGGUCAAAGUGGACGACAUCGGCAAGAGGUCGGCGCGGGUCUCCUGGAAGAAGCCAUUCGCCGAGGUCACUCACUUCCUCCUCCGCUACUGGAGGGAAAACGGCCGCGGCCGGAAGCUGUCCAGCGCCACGGUUCCCGGCACGGAGACGUCCGCGUACCUCCAGGACCUACAGCCGGGCUCCGAGUACUCGGGACACAUCGUGUCGCAGAACGACGUCGGGCUCAGCGGGCCCUCGGUGGCCAUGCACUUCGUCACCAGCGAGGAAGCUCCAUCAGCACCACCGACGGACGUGCAUUCGACGCCAAUCGGAGAAAAGGAAGUCAUGGUUAUGUGGAAGGGACCGCCUGCCGAGCACUGUAACGGCAAGAUCCAGGGCUACUACGUGGGCUACAAAGCCUACGAUUCGAACCUGCCGUACAGUUACCAGACCGUCACGGGCGGUGCCGAAUCGGCGGUGCUCAAGGACUUGAAGCCCAGCACGGCUUACUCCAUAAUCGUGCAGGCGUUCAACAGAGCCGGACAAAGCCCAUCGUCGCAUCAGAUCACAGUGCACCCGUUCACGGCCGGGAUGCCGGGACCUCCGAGUUUCUUCACCAGUGACGUGACCUGCUGUUCGGUGCUGCUGACAGUCACUUCGAAGCAGAAGCCGACUGAGGGGGUGACGCUACCUGGUGAUGUACAAGAACUCCGAAGGAAGCUGGCGAUCGGUGUACUUCCCGCCGCACGCGCGCAAGAUGCUGCUGCGUGGCCUGCAGAGGGACACGCACUACGAGGUCCGCCUGGCCGCCUACAACCUCGAGGGAAGGGGACAGCUCUCCUCGGCCCCAAAUUUGUUACGCCCACUAACACUAUACGUUCCUGGGACGAGGAGGAGACGGUGGAAGCGGCGGAAGUGCCUUUCUACCUGCGCGCCCAAGUGCUGGUCCCCGUGGCCGUGUCUUUCGGCAUCAUCGUCAUAUCGGUCGUCGCCGCACUCGCCUACUACAGGAGAAUGCUUGGGGGUCAUGGGAGCCAUGUCAAGUACGAGAGUUGCGUGCAGAGCCGGGAAAGCGACCACUGGCAAGGCGUGCGCGGCUCGAGGGCAUCGUACGCACGGCGUAGCGUGGCUGAGUCGACCGUGUACGACACGCCGUGGGACGCGCAGGCCGCGCUGGCAGCCGCAAACCAAACCGUUUCUAUAUACGACGGCAACUACCCACGACUCAAAGGACAUGGCUCUAACUCCCACCUCGCUCUAGACGCGUCUUCCUCUUCGGACAAAAAUCAGUGACGCCACUUAGCGCGAUGCUGCGAUUUUCUUACACCUCACCCGUCUUCCGCUUUAUAACGCGCCGCUAGCACCUGCACAAGUGAGAGCUACAGACAGGAGCCGGCAGACGUUUUUUUUUUUUUUUUUACCAUAUUCUGGAGGCGUUGUCGAUGUAGUUUUUUUAACAUGUUCAAGUGUAUCUUCCAAAUAUUUUGCGUCGCGAAGCACGGCCAAAUACUUAGGUUGUGAUCGUUCUCGCCACAUACUAGAGAUCCCCAUUUAUCAAAUUUGAGCAGCAACGGAGCGCACCGGCAAUGGGCGAGAGUGCGCAAGCAUUCUGGCCAAUUUGCAUGCUGCAUUUGUCAAGACUUAGUGCGUUUCGGUUGGUGAUAACGGCGAAUAGCAUUAUUUCUACAAUUCUUGUCAAUUUACAUUGGCACGACAGACGCACCAAUAUUUAUGCUGAUCACCCUAAGCCUAACAUCACACCUUGGAACACCAAGAGUGGAAUAGCAGGCAACAAAGUUCAUUCUCAAGAGUUGUGCACGCUAUGAAGAUGACACAUGCUCGUCGUGAUAGGAGUAAGUCUAAGAAAGCCCACAAACAUAAAAUGAACGGAUUGUUUGUUUUGCAUGGAAGAGUGUUAAAUGUUGAUAUGGCAAACUGUGAAGUCGCGUACGUUACCCUUUACUAAUUGGUGGGUGUUCUGUGUCGAUACAUAUCGAUAGCCCGUUGACGUUGUUCAAUCGUGAGUUAUGUGUACAGCUUGCUUUCAAAGGCCCAAAAGGAAAAGUAGCUGCCUUUUUUAAGUGGUCUAUGCAAGAAGCUGUGUUUUGUGGUGCGUGUCCUACGUGUUUUUGUACGCUUAUUAGAAAUAUCCGUAACAAGAGAGCGGCUCUUGUAUGACGCGACGCACUUCAACGUUGCGAACAUAUCAGCUUGCAUUUUCGUUAUUAAACCACGAAAAAAUAUAUGCCUGCAGUUCAUAGGGAAGUGAGAAGGGCCAUUUUUGUUGUGAUUUCUGAAUAUUCAAUGAACCUAAUAGCAGCCUAUUGUAGUUGUUUGAAGAAAGAGAUUUUAACGAAACCCGUUACUAGCGUAUUGUUCCCCCUCCAUAAUACCU